AUGUUUGACUGUGACGGGAGCCGGCCAAGCGACAAGGCGCGCAUAGCAAAGCUGGUGGACCAAGGGCUUUCGAACCCCCCUGAAUGCUUGGCCGAGUGCGCAAAAGCCGCCAUCACGAGGAUGCUGCCCAAAGGGUUGCCUUAUUGCGGCGAGACCACUGUCGACAUGUGCGCCUUUCUGGAAAUCUUUGCCUCGCCCGAGGAUCUCUGGGCCCUCUACUGGUGCGAUUCGACAUUCUGCGGUGUUGCUAACCAGCAGCCGAGGCGACUGGGUCAGGACCCCACCGUGAAUAGAGUAAUCAGCCAGUGUCAGAAUCUUGGCCGCCGUGGACUUGUCGACCCGGGUCCACCGCCUGAGGGAUACACAUGCUCCUUCUAUAUCGACGAGCCUUUCGACGUCAGUGGGCGUUGCGGCGAUGCUGUAAUGACCGCGUUGGCAGAUCCUGCUUCAACCUUGAAUCCUACUCGGCCCAAAGCCUCAAGUGAUGGCACGAUGGCUCGGCUUCCUUCAUUGACGACAUCGGUGCCUUCCCCGUCGCUCAUCAGCAAAACUGCCUGGGAGCCAUUGGGUGUGCAGCCAUCACUGUCGUCCACUUCAACGGUCUCAACUAGCACGCCGCCACCAAGCUCCAGCAUCAAGCCUAGCGCCACUUCCGAGAGUAGCAAAGGGGGUGGCUCAUCGGCAGCGGCAGCACAGAACGACCGGUUCGAGAAAGCCGCCACAGUCACCCAGGGCCAACUCACAAUCGGCGGCGUGGCUGCCAUCGCAGUAUGCGUGCCUGUCACCUUGGUGAUAUUGGGCUUCCUGACGUGCUAUCUGUGGAGGAGGAAAAAGAGCAGAAAGACAGACUCCUUCCAGGGCAGCCUGCUCCAGGCACACCUCAGGCAUAACCAGCACCACACAGGGCGGAGAACGUCGUCCGCGACGACCAAGUACCUCAUAUCAAACGCCAACGGCAGUGGCAGCAGCAGCAGCGGCAGGGGUACGAGGGGAAGGUCCACCAGACCUCUAGCGGAUAUCGUGCCGCUGUCGCCGCCUCCACGGCUACGCGACCGCAAGUACCUGCAGUCCAUCUUCAAGCGCGCCGAGUCGCCGCCCCUGACGCCUCUGGGUCCGGCAGAGGACGGCGACCUCAGUAGAGCGCACACGCCGGCAUCGCGCAAGCACGUCUUUUGGGACGACGGCGGCAUCCCCGGGAGUCCGUUCGUUUUUCCCACCUCCCCCAUUUGUUCGCCGACGGUGGUCAAGUUGGAGCCGCGGAGGGAACAAACGUCCGGCCUGCACCCCACGUCUCCGGUCAGCAACCCGUUUGCCGACCACGAGCCGCAGCUGCCGCCUCGGACGUUGGGAAGCGCCGAGCACAGGCGGACGAGCGGCGGCUCGGUCGGCUCCGGGGCCGUGUCGGCUAGACCGCAGGUGGCGACGUCGUCACUGCGGAAUGAGUACGUCCCCUUGUCGGGCAUCGGCAGUAACAGACGUGCCACAACCACCGCACCAACGCCGCAAGCCAGCACCCCGCCGUCGAGUCCCACGCGGCCGGCGCGCCCACAUGAGGAAAAGCUCGUGAUUCCAAAUUUACUAGCCGGACCGCUCGCGGCUUCGCCAGAGGUUGCAGACGGGGGUUUCAGAUCGGUGUCGUGCUCGACCGACACAGCGCAGGACGCACUGGGAAUACGUGCAUGUGCGCCCGGCAGAUCAUCAGAGCGCAUCCUGACCCCUCUUACCCGGUGCUCUUCGGGGCCGGGCUACAGGUCGGCAGAAACAAGCCCGCUGAGCUCAAAGCCGGAUGCUUUCCCCGCGCGGCACAGGGCGCACUGCCCCAUGGGACUAGCCAAGACUUCGGAACAGCUUCGCGGUGAAGCGAGGGCCCUGUGGGAGCACACCGAGACGUACGCGAGAGAGGCGCGCGACGCACCAAGGGUCGAUGAGAGGACCAUUGCCGCGGAAGCAGCAGCUCUCCGGAGCAGUCGGCCGGUGUUUGACCUUUCGGAGCGGAACAGCUGGUCAAGCCUCAACGAUUUGGACAGGAUGAAGUUUUGUAGUGAAGAGCCACGACUUGUUGGCGAGGGGAGGAAGUGA